AUGGAUCCCUUACGGCUACUGACCAGAUCAACCAAAUUCGCGAAGAAGGGCUCCUCAAGUGGCACACAGAUCCACACACCAUCGUCUGGACCAGCAUUAAAUCCGCAACUUUUCGAUCAUGCCAACGAGGCGCAAGGAGCGCAACGUAAGCGCAAGAGAGGAAGCGAGACAGUGACGACCGGUCUGGACUUCUUUGGUGGCGGCGCUUCGGCCAAGGAGAGGAGUGCUGAGCAGAAAGAGCAGCAUGACGAUGACGAGAAAGCCGGAGAACUGCAUCAACAUAUGGCACAAGCGCCCGUCGCCUUGAGCGCCGACGAGUGUAAACAGAUACUCGGACGACACAAGGUCAAGGUCACGCUGUUCCAGAGGGGGAGUGACGAGCCUGUAAAGAAGAAGAAGAAGGACCAGAAGAAGACGGCACCUCAGACCUCUGGCCGCCAGGACCAGGCCACAGUGCUGUAUCCGGAACCCGUCAGCCAUUUCGACAACCUGGGACCCAGAUACCGCAUCUCAAAGGCACUUCUACGCAACAUCAAGGACAACGGAUACACCACGACGACCGAAGUCCAGCUCGGCGCAUUACCACUCCUGCUUGGCUCCCGUGCUGAUGUGCUCACACAGGGUGCAGUCAAGACCGACGAAGAAGCAUCUGUGCUGGACGUUGAUCUCUUGAGCAUCGCUCCGACGGGCAGUGGAAAGACUCUGGCCUUUAUGAUACCGCUCAUCCAUGCUCUGGUGCUCUCACGCCGCUCUCAGACCAUCUCCGGCCCGCAGGCCAUCAUACUCGCCCCUACUAAAGAACUCGCUAGUCAGAUCGCCAACGAGGGCAGGAAGCUGGCUUUGAACACUGCUAUACGUAUCACUAAUGUGCGCAAGGGUAUGCACAUCGACUCGGACCAAUCUUCCGAUCAGGACGCCUCGUCGAAGGACGUACCCCCUGUAAAGGCUGACAUACUCGUCUCAACCCCGGCUGCCUUGAGGAACGCCAUAGGAGACGUACGGACCUCUUCACGCGCCUUGUCCCAAAUUCGCUUCCUGGUUCUGGACGAGGCCGAUGUCCUUUUGGACCCCUUGUUUCGAGAUCAGACGCUGGCUGUGUGGAAUGCUUUGUCCAAUCCCGACCUCCGUCUAGGUUUCUGGUCUGCCACCAUGGGUUCCAGCAUCGAAGAGCUUGUCAAGGCCACCAUUAAGAGUCGUGCCGAGAAGCUGUCAGGAAUUGGUCCUAGUCCCGUUCAAAUCGCACCAUUUGUACGCCUUGUUGUUGGCCUCAAAGACUCUGCAGUGCCGAAUGUUGACCAUCGUCUCAUCUACGCUGCCACCGAGCAAGGGAAACUCAUGGCUUUACGUCAGCUACUACAUCCGACCUCCACCGGUCUUGACAAGCAACCUGUCGUACGAGCACCGUUCCUCAUCUUCACACAGACUAUAGAGAGAGCAGUUGCCCUACAUUCCGAACUUCUAUACGAUAUUCCCGCUGAAGCUGGCGGGAUCUCGCGUAUUUCUGUUUUGCAUUCAGAUCUCUCGGACACUGCACGCGACCAUGUCAUGACACGCUUCCGCAAGGGUGAGGUCUGGAUUCUGAUCACUACCGAUCUUUUGUCGCGUGGCGUCGAUUUCCGCGGUAUCAACGCUGUGGUCAAUUACGAUGCACCGACAUCCGCCGCCGCCUAUGUCCAUCGUGUUGGCCGUACAGGUCGUGCUGGUAGGGAGGGCGGAGUAGCCCUGACUUAUUACACAGACGACGAUGUGUCAUCCAUCAAGACGGUCGCCAAUAUUAUCGUCGCGAGCCAAAAGCAAAGAGGAGAAGCAGGUGGUACAACAAACAUCCAACAAUGGUUGCUGGAUGCGCUACCAACGCCCAGUAAGCGCGACAAGCAGCAACUCAAGAAACGCGGCAUCGAGACUAGAAGAUCUGCUUCUGGCAAAGACACAAAGACCGGCAAGCCCAAGGCGCGUAUCAGUACCAAAAGUGGGUAUAUCCGAAAGAUGGAGAAUAACAGAAAGGGUGCUGUCGCAGCGAGUCAAAACCCACAAGAAUCAGGCGAUGCAUCAGAUUCAGGGGAAAGCUUCGGUGGAUUUGAGGAAUGA